AAGAGUAGUUGCGUAACUAAUCAAGCUACCAAAGUACAUGGUAUAUUUUGCGACAGCUUGUUUGGAAAACUAUUGAUCAAUAACAUAAAAUGACCCAUCUGGAAAAAUGCAAACAUAUUGAAAUAUUUACCAAGGUUCGAUGGAAAGUAUAAAUGCAGAUGAUUUUUAACAAUAUUUCUGUAUUUUAGUUGAACACCGCAUUUUCUCGGGCACAUUCUGCCUUUAAGAACUGUAUUCGGUACUGAUUGACAGGGGCUCGUUGUGUUGCCGGCAACCAAUAGGUACGCACCCUCCGCGGGAGAUCCAUUGCCCCUCCCCAUUGGAGACCGAAAGACUUCCCAUUGAGCUUGCAGAGGACAGCUCCGACUGAAACGGCCUUUGUAAAUUUUGCACGAAGACGCAUCGCUCAGAAGAUUUUAUUGCGAGACACCCACGAAACAUUUUGGCCGAAUAAUAAAGAAUAAUCUGCCGCAACAACAAUGGCGAAUUCGCAGAGCAGCAACGCCUUGAUGCGUCUGAUGCUGAAUUUUAUUUUCAUUGUUUGCCUAUCGAACCAGGGGUUGGGUCUAAUUCGGUAUUCUGUUCCGGAGGAACUGGACUAUGGUUCUUCUGUUGGGAAUAUUGCCGAAAAUUUAGGACUCAGCGUUGAAGAUUUAUCAGCUCGAAAAUGCCAUCUGGCAUCUGCUGACGGAAGACGGUAUUUGGAGAUAAAUAUACAGACGGGCGUUCUAUUUGUCAGGGACCGAAUAGACAGAGAGGAACGUUGUGAACAAAGCCCUUCCUGUACGCUUGCCUUCCAGUUAAUAUUAGAAAACCCUCUCGAAAUGUACCGGGGUGAGGUGGAGAUUGUCGAUAUAAAUGAUAAUUCGCCUUCUUUCCCAGAGAACGCUAUUCUCUUGCAAAUGGCCGAAUCUAUUGCACCGGGCUCUCGUUUCCCACUAGAGAGCGCACUCGAUCCAGACGUGGGGAUAAAUACGGUCAAUGAGUAUAUUAUCAGUCCCAAUGAGCACUUUGGUUUGAAGGUGCAUGCCAGAAAGGAUACAGUCACAGCAGAGUUAUUGUUGGAGAAAUCUUUGGACCGCGAACAUCAAGCAUCUUUCCAGCUUCUAUUGACGGCCGUCGAUGGCGGCAGCCCUCCGAGAUCCGGGACAACUCAAAUCAACAUCAGUGUAUUAGACAGCAAUGAUAAUGCACCGGUGUUUGAGAAGGAAAUAUACACGGCAAGAUUGGAAGAAAAUGUACCCGUGGGAACCUUGGUGAGCAAAAUCAAAGCUGUCGAUCUGGACCAAGGUACUAACGCCGAGUUAAAAUAUUCCUUCCUUAAUAUUGUCCCACGGAGGGUGCGUGAGUUAUUCAGUUUAGGUCCAGAAACUGGAGAGAUCAAAGUUCAAGGACAGCUGGAUUUUGAAGAGACCAAUAGCUAUGAACUUGACGUCCAAGUGGUAGAUAAUGGCUCGCCGGCAAUUACAGGACAUUCCAAAUUGCUGAUUGAAUUGAUUGAUGUAAAUGACAAUGCCCCGGAGAUAAAGGUCACCUCCCUGUCUGGGCAGGUCUCCGAGGAUACUGCGCCCGGGACGGUGGUGACUUUGAUGGACAUUACUGAUCGAGAUUCUGGAGAAAACGGACAAGUUAACUGUCAUAUUACAUUGGGCGUUCCCUUUAAAAUUCAAUCCUCUCAUACCAACCAUUAUAAAGUCACCACCAGUCGUGCUUUAGAUCGGGAAAUCACCUCACUAUAUAACGUGCAUAUCAUAGCCUGGGACUCUGGGUCUCCCCCGUUGUCAACAAAUAAAACUAUCCAGAUAUCGGUUUCUGAUGUGAAUGACAACGCGCCACAAUUUUCCCAAUCCUCUUACACAUUAUAUGUGAUGGAGAACAACGCUCCGGGUGCUUCUAUUUUCACACCCACUGCGUUUGAUCCAGAUUUGGACCAGAACUCCUACAUUUCCUAUUCCUUCAGAGGCAAUCUUCAGGAUUCUCUGGAGCCCACUCACCUCCGUAUCGACUCGAUGAAUGGCACCAUUUACGCACUGCGCUCCUUUGAUUACGAGAAGCUCAAAACCUUCCAGAUUCAAGUUCAGGCCCGUGACGCCGGAGCACCUCCACUGAGUAGCAGCGCCGCGGUGAAUGUGAUCAUCCUGGAUCAAAACGACAACACUCCGGUAAUUGUUUCACCUUCAGAACAGAAUGGAUCACCAGCCGUACAGAUCGUGCCCCAGUCAGCGGGCCAGGGGUACUUGGUCACCAAGAUAAUGGCAACCGACGCAGAUUCUGGUCAGAACGCACGACUCUCUUUCCGGGUACUUCAAGCAGCCGAUCCCACUCUAUUCAGCGUGGGGCGGAAUUCAGGCGAAAUCAGAACAACGAGAAGCAUUUUGGACCAUGAUGAUACCUCUCAAAGUCUGGUCAUUUUGGUGAGUGAUAAUGGACAACCGAGCCUGUCAAGUACAGCUACAAUCCGCAUGUCGAUUUUGGGCAACGUUAGUGAGAAAAUAUCAGAAGACAUGGAGUUGCACAGUGAUUCUGGACAUACCUCCGAUAUAAAUCUUUAUUUAAUUCUCACCUUCGGAUCAACUUCGGUUUUGUUCCUUUUGACCAUCGUCUUCUUGGUUGUAUUGAAGUGUAAACAAGAUAUGGGCAUUGUUCAAACUGACGGGUGCACAGUUUGUUGUUGCAAGCCAAGGAAUUCGAAGGAAGCCUUACCUCGGGGUUCUACGCAGCGAGAUCAUUUGAACUGUAGUGCAGCGGAUCAAACUCUACCCUUCCCCGAGAGGUACCAUUACUCGGUUUGUUUGUCACCGGAAUCAUCCCAGAGCGAAUUUCUUUUCUUGAAACCCUACAGUGGAGCCGUCACUAAAGGCACCUGUUAAAGAAGAAGAUUAUGGUGACUCCAAGGAUGGUAUUUAUUCCUGUUUAUAUCAUGCUACGAGUUAGCAACUUGCGUUCGAAAAUAUUUUACCCGACAACCAUCUCAAAUCGUUUAAUCCUACCCAACAUAUAUGUGAUUUUGACACUAACGUUGUAAUGAAAAUGAAACAGCCAGUAUAUGAGUGUAACGUUCUACCCGUCUGUAAUUUAUGAUCACCUUGCCCUAGCACUCACCAAUGCAGACUGUUUCCUCCCAUUUGGUUGAUGUGUUUGUUAGAUUGCUAAAUCAGAAUAGUCAAUAUAUGAGGUGGCCAGUGUUCACACCUGAAGCUAUAAAAAAUAACGAGAAAAAAUUAUUCUAUGGUUCUGAAGAAAGUCACUUUAAAAUUUGAUAAGGGGACGUGCCAUGCAUUGGAGUUAUUUUGCCAUUUCCAUUUUAUUAAACAACAGUUUAAAACAUAAUAGAGUACAAAAGAGUAAUGCAUAAAAUGUAGCCUACAACAUUAGAUAGGUGAGAAGUUAUUUCGCCAACUACUUGUAUGUAUCGUAUUAUGUUGGCUGUAAUUAAUGUUUUGGGUCGUGUACCCUUUCAGACCAGGAGAUUUGUUCCAAUCGGGCUAUGUCUAUGUUCAUGCAUCACACAAUACUCCUCCUUGUCAUAGAUUUUUCCUCGCCCUAUCAGCAUAUUUUAUAUUUCCCUCUUGUGCUUGUCAAAUUUCCAAUUAUAUAUAUUAGUACAAAUAAUCUCCGUUACCAGUUGUGAUCGUUAGCACAGCAGUUCGGUGAAAUGGUUUCUCUUUAGUUAAUUGAUGAGCUAUUCUUGACUCUUUAUUUAUGAUCUCUAGUAUUGACUCCCCCCCCCCCCCCCAACUACAAUCUGA